GAAACACGACAAAAAGCACUGAACCAGUUGUUUUCCGUGUCUCUGUGUUCAUUCUGUGUCUCUGUUUACGUCGAGCGACGAGAGAGAGAGAAAGAUGAAGAUUUUACUGUUGCUGGCAGCACUGUCUACAGUUUGCCUGGCAGGCGAUUAUGAGGUGGACGAAGGAGUUCUCGUUCUGACGAAGGACACGUUCAGUGCAGCCGUGGAGGAGCACGCGUUCCUCCUGGUCGAGUUCUAUGCUCCGUGGUGCGGGCACUGCAAGCAGCUGGCUCCAGAGUAUGCCAAGGCUGCCCAAAACCUGGAGGCCGAUGGCUCAGAGAUCAAACUGGCCAAAGUAGACGCCACAGAGGAGUCUGAUCUUGCCCAAGAGCACGACGUCCGCGGUUACCCAACUAUCAAGUUCUUCAAGAACCAGAAGCCUAUGGACUAUGGGGGAGGUAGGACAGCUCCUGAAAUUGUCAACUGGCUCUUGAAGAAGACGGGUCCUCCAGCCAUCGAACUGACAGACGUCGAGGCGGCCAAGAAUUCUCUGAGAAAGACGAAGUCGUCCUCAUUGCGUUCUUUGAGGACUUGGAGUCGAAAGGAGCUCUGGCGUUCAAGGCAGUGGCUGAGAUCCAGGACAGUCUGGCGUUUGGCAUCACCUCCAGCCAGGAGGUGGCAGAGGCUCUGGGGUGCUCCUUGGACAGUAUCGUCCUCUUCAAACAGUUUGAUGAUGGUAAGGUAGUGUAUGAUGGAGAGUACAUCGCCGAAGACAUCGAGUCCUUCAUCAUCAUGGAACAGCUUCCUCUCGUCACCAUCUUCUCUGAUGAUACGGCUCCAAAGAUCUUUGGAGGUAGCAUCAGGUCCCAUCUCCUGGCCUUCUUUGCCCAAGACGAUGAGAAUGCAGAGGCAACUCUCGAGGAGCUCAGGACAGCCGCCAAACAGUUCAAGGGAAAGAUUCUGUUUGUUCAGAUUGACACAGCGGAAGAGGCCUCAGAGAGGAUCAUGGAGUUCUUCAACAUCAAGGAUGGAGACACGCCCACUUCUCGCCUCAUUAACCUCGAGGACGACAUGAGGAAGUAUAUUCCAGAUUUCAAUGACCUUACAGCAGAUAAACUGGUUCCAUUUGUCGAGGCCUAUCUCGCCGGAGAUCUGAAGCCUCACCUGAACACAGAGGACAUCCCCGAGGACUGGGACAGCAGUCCCGUCAAAAUCCUGGUCGGAAAAAACUUUGAGGAGGUCGUCAAGGAUCCCACCAAGAUUGUCUUCGUUGAGUUCUAUGCUCCGUGGUGUGGUCACUGCAAGCAGCUGUCUCCAAUCUGGGACGAACUGGCCGAACACUUUGCCUCCGAUGAUGACGUUGUCGUUGCCAAGAUGGACGCCACCAAGAACGAGGUGGACGGAGUCCAAGUCACCGGGUUCCCCACACUGAAGGUCUUCAUGAAAGAAACCAACGAGAUGGUUGAUUAUACUGGCGGGCGGACUCUGGAGGAUCUUAUUGAGUUUCUGGAGGCUCAAGUAGAGGGAGAGGGAGAGGAAGAAGGAGAAGAGGAGGGAGAGGGAGAGGAGGAGGAAGAGGAAGAGGAAGAAGAUGCAGCAAAGAAAGAUGAACUAUGAUCAUUGAAGCUCUAGCAGUCACGGGAGAGAUUUCUCUUUCUCUUGUCAAAUUUAGGAAUCACAUAACUGCGUCAUUCUUUACCGAGUAAUAAUACCUAUAUUGUACAUCAUAAGUUGUAAAUCAAUCAUAGCUUGUAAGCACCCCCUGCAUGUGACAAUUUGUACAUUUCAUUUUUCAAGAAAAAUUUUGGAACAAUAAUAUUUGUAUAUAGUGCGAGUCAGUAAAUGUCUUCGUAGCCAUUGCAUGAGAUGGGGGCGUGUCCAUCAGAGCACUUGUUUCUUGUAGAAAAGUCACUCACUUCGUCGUAGAUAACUUCCUUUUCCAGAAUAUCGUUCAGCUCCUUCAUCUCUGGGUCA